AUGUCAGAUUUGACAGGAGGAUAUGUGCCCGGUACCGUUGGUGCUUCUGGUCGGACGCAAAAUGGAGGAGCAUCUCGUGCGACGGCGGCUGCUGGUACUGGGCCCACUCCCACCGAACCGCCUCGAUACAGGACUCCUACAGAUGUCAUGCGGGAAAGACGGGCGCGGGAGGCUCGUAAAGCUGAGGAGGCAGCGGCCAGGCUACGUCAAGAGGAAGAGAGAAGAGUAGCGCAAGAAGAAGAUGUCGUCGGCGUUGGGGCUGAAUCAUCCCGGAGAGCCUCUGGCAGACCAGGACCUCAGUCGUACAAUAUUGGCGGUCCCUCAACCCAGGUACCUGAUCCCUCAACCCGACGACAGGAGAACGUCCCGCCAACGCAGACCGGGCCUUCAAGGCCAUCUGCAGCGUACUCGAGACCAGUGCAGGCUGCAGGCAAAGACGCACCCAUCACUGCUGCUCAGCAACGAAAUCGCACUGAAGCGUACGAGCAGUUGAAUAUUCCAGCCACAGCUAAGCCUGUAGCCCAGGCAGAACCAGUCUCACGCCCACCUCGACAGAGUCAACCUCCUCCACUCGCUGGCGGUCAGCCUGCUGGCCAAGCUGCUUCACAGGCCAGGCCUGCGCCGGCGCAACCUCCUGCAGCCGGAGGGAGAAGAGGCUUUCCAGGCGCUUUUGAAAGAUGGGAGGACUUGUCUUCACAUUGGGAAGGGAUUGUGUCCUCUUUCAUCCACCGUCUGGAAAACAACGCCGACGAGUUAGCAGGCAAACCCAUUGAGAGACAAAUGGCUCGGCAGAUUGAAGAUCUGUCUGCGGCCGGAGCAAACCUAUUCCAUGCCGUGGUUGAACUUCAACGGCUGCGGGCCUCUUCCGAGCGAAAGUUCCAACGUUGGUUCUUUGAAACGAGGCAUGAACAAGAACAGGCCCGAGAGCGACUGGCGGAGCUCGAACGUCAACUCCGAGUGGAGCGCGAAGCACGGACCCAGAGCUCCGUGUCGAUCGAGACGGCCCGUGCGGAAAAGGCCCGUGCAGAGGAACUUGUCAAGGAAAUGCGGAGGGAAUUGCAGAUCAGCAAAGAAGAGGCUCGGCGUGCUUGGGAAGAGUUGGGACGACGUGAACAGGAAGAACGUGAGAGGACCAUCUCGUUGCGAAGCGGUGAGCCCACCCUCAUUGGAGGAGUCCAGGUUGUGCCGAUGCAAGGGCUGCCCAGUCGUCAGGUGAGCUCGGCACAGCGACCGCAGACGAGAGAUGGACCUACGGCCGGUGCAGGACCAUCUACCAUGUCUGGCCAACAGCAUCAGCAACAGCAACAACAGAUGCAUGGCUCACAGCGACCACUAUCGCGUGGCCAGACUACCACCACGUCUCUCGACUCUCCUGGCGAAGAAAGUCGACAGUUCAGCUACCAACCUGAUGCAGGAAAUUCCCCCACAGUCACAGAUCCGUUUACCGACGCAUCGCGGCCACGCGAACAUCAACAGCCGCAGCUCCGACACGAGCCGGACACGCAAUUCUACACAAUAAGCCCUCCGCGACCGACGCAGCCUCAAACCAGUGCUGCCGCAAUCGCUGCCGCUCGCGCUGCGCCUAGUGGUGGUGUGCCAGGACCCUCACCCGGUCGAGGGCCCCACGACCCACGAUUUUACCAUCAAGCAACCGUCGGCGCUCCUGUACGUUCCGGCACAGGUGACACCGAGCAAUCGUACAUACCGUCCACAGGCUCGAUCGUCUCGGAAGAGGAAUACCACAUCAACCCGGACGGCAGCUACCGACGUGACGCGCAGGGCCGACGGAUCCCGUACCGCCAACCUUUGGGAGGAAACCAGCAGCCAAUGAGGGUUGGAGAAGAAGCAGGACACAUCGAUCCUCGCGUCCAGCGGCGACAAGGUGAACAGCUCCAUGAAUACGCCUCUUCCUCCGAUGACGACGACCAUGCCGCGGACGUGGAACGCGAGAGGAUGUACGCUGCACAGUACCGACAGGGAAUACCACCGUCUCAACCUCCACCACAACAUCCCCCACAACCAUCCUCUACAACUACAACUACCUCCGCCGGCCGGGGCGCAAUGCCUCCCGUCCUACAGGGCCGACGAGUCGAUCCGACCACCACCCAAUAUGAAUACGAGGAGGGUGACGUCGAGGGCGAAGGAGAGGAAGAAGGGCGAGAAGAGUAUGACCCAUCCUCUCCUCCUCCUCCACAAAGUGGUGGAGUUGGUGGCUCUGCACCCACAGCGACAGCGACGACCUGGGAAAACGUCCGCCAUCGCCACCCCACUCGGCUCAGCGACAUCAUUGAGGAACAGACCGCACACACCAGUCCCAGUCGCGCGAGCCAUGUUAGCGGUACCCCUGGGGGCCUUUCGUCUCCGCCCACCACUGGUCCACGCUGA